GGGACAAAAACUGUAUGCUGUGGCAAGAACAUCGGCUGAACAGUGGGAAGCCAGCACCUCCAACAUAGCAGUCGGACAGUGGUACUUUGUUGAAGUGUCAUUCCAUCCCAUCCAUGGCCUCAGUCUUUACCUCAAUAAUGAACUGAUAGCUGAGGAUACAGAACCAGUUGCCAGAACGGAUCCUCCAUCUCGGUCCUCAGAAACUAACAGAUUUUACCUGGGUCGCGGAAAUGUCGACAUGACAGGUGCCAGAUAUGCAGAAGCCACAUAUGACGAGCUGGAAGUUUGGUACGCAGACAGAGACUACCUCAUAGCACAUGGAUAUAUUCAGAGAGGUCGCCCUCAACAUUUCCUCAUUGAUUUUGAAGAGCUGAUUGACCAUGAGAGACUCAUGCAUCCUGUCCUAUCUAUCAGGCUGGUCGGAAGACCUGUGCUAGUUCCUGGGAAGGUAAACAAUGCACUGCAGCUACAGGGAAGAGGCCAGUAUGCAGAUCUUGGUCAACGAGGUGGGGAAUGUUUUAGCAACCUGGCAGAAUGCUCUCAGGGAAUUACCAUUGCAGCCUGGAUGAGAUUUCAUCGCUUUGAGAAUAACAUGGUUUUCUUAUCGACUGGAGAAAAUGGUAUAUUGAUGAUGUAUAAGGAUGGCUAUAUUCAUGUCAGUGCUGGAGGUAGAGGCGGGAUUACCACAAGCAGAUUUGAAAGUGGCAGGUGGUACUUUGUUGAAAUCACCUGGCACCCAGAAACAGGCCUCAAGCUGUUCGUUGACAAUGAACUGCGUUCACAAUCUGGCAAAGAUGCUGUGGUGUCUCGAGAUGUCCCUUCAAGCAGGUAUUCUACAGGCUACUUUGAUGUCGAUGAGAUGGAGAUCUGGUAUGGAGAAAGGGACAGUCUCCUGGCCUUUGGAUAUAUCAACAGAGAUAACCUUGGCUAUGAAGCCUUUUCCAUGGACUCUGCUGAUGGACGUAGAAUUGCACACACAAAAUAUGUUAUUCUCUUGGUCAAUGGAGCCAACAUUGUACCUGGUCAAUUUGGCAAUGCUGUCAGUCUUAAUGGCCGUGGGCAGUACGUAGACAUGGGUACCCACUUUGACAGCUGUUUUGGUAAUUUAGACUUUUGUGUCCAUGGUCUGACCAUGUCAUUGUGGCUGAACCCCAGGGAUCUCCGAGAUGGACAUACCUUUCUGUCCACCCCAACAUACAGCCUCUUCUAUGAAGACGGGCAGUUACAUUCAGUGUUCCAGGGACAAAAGAGAUCAUGGACAACUUCCACUUCCCGGCUGCGUCCAGAUGAGUGGCAGAGAAUAACAACAGCUUGGCAUCCAAAGAAGGGACUGACUUUGUAUAUCAAUGAUGAGGUCGUGGACCAGGAUGAAGAGGGCGUUGAAGGAGCCUCAAGGAGAAAACCAGUUUCCGAGCAUGUUUAUCUCGGGCGAAGCUUAGACUCUGACACAAAUACUGCCAACAUGCUGGCAGAUGAUCUGCAAGUGUGGUAUGAUGAACUAGACCAGUUGCGUACUGUGGGUCAGUAUAAAGUUCAAGUAGUACCACUGUCCAUUGUUUUUGAUGACUUCCGGAACAAUGUGGUGCGAAUUCACGACCGUGAAGUUCGAGGACACGGGGAUAUUCAGCUAGUUCAAGGCAAAGGCCAGAAAUCAAGAGGCAUCUACCUGUCGGGUCCUUCAGAAUAUUUGGACCUCGGUUCUAACUUCACCUGUGGAGGAGAUCUGGAAUUGUGCAGACAAGGUAUAACAUUGCGACUUGGACUCCAGCCUAGAGUGUUGCAAGAUGACAUGGUCUUCUUUGACUCAUUCCCCAUCAAAGUGUUUUAUAAAAAUGGCCGCUUGCAUGGCCAGGUACAAACAGGAACACAAGUGUGGACAGUGGACACGCCAGAUUUCCGAACCGGACAAUGGCAGAGGGUGGAACUGACUUGGACUCCACGAGAAGGUCUGCACAUGUUUAUUGACGGUCGUAAGGUGGACUACCAGACAUACCCAGGAGUACAGUCAUCUCGUUCACCUUCUGACUGGAGGACAUUUUUUGGCCGAUCUCUCCAG